AUGGAACACACCAAGAUCGUUAAGGGAGCUGAUGGAGCCGUUCUGCGCAGCUCUGGUCAGAUCCUGGAGAGGUGGCGAGAGUACUACAAUCACUUGUGUAACGAAGAAUUCUGUCAUCCUCCGAUCCCAACUGUUCCCAGCAUCGAGCGUCCUGUUCUACCAAUUACUGCCGUCGAAAUCAGUGCUGCCCUCGCAAAAAUGAAGUCGAGCAAGGCAACCGGUCCUGAUGACAUACUUGUUGAUGUCUGGAAGCUGCUAGGAGAUCGAGGGUCCGUGUGGCUCGCAACUCUAUUUAUCAAGAUCGUUGCAGAAGGACGGACUCCAGACGUCUGGCAAACUUUCGUGACCGUGCCUGUCUGGAAAGGGAAAGGAGACAUUGCUGACUGCACUUCGUACAGGCCUAUACGACUGCUGUGCCAUACGAUGAAGGUUUUUGAGCGUGUCCUAGAGGCUCGUCUGAGGAAAAUUGUCAGCGUUUCACUCAACCAGUGCGGUUUUGUGAAGAACUGCAGCAUUAUAGAUGCUAUCUAUGCUGUCCGUAUCCUUCUGGAGAAACAUCGAGAGAAGAACCGCAGUGUGCAUCUUGCUUUUCUCGAUCUCGAGAAAGCUUUCGACCGUGUCCCACAUGAGCUGUUAUGGAUGUCCAUGAGGUCGCAUAGAGUACCAGAAGAAUAUAUGCGGUGGACAGAGCUGCUUUAUGCGAAGCCUACCAGCGCUGUCCGAUGUGCUGCUGGAACAAGCAGGCCAUUCUCUGUACAAGUAGGGGUUCACCAGGGUUCAUCCCUCUCACCCCUGCUGUUCAUACUGUGCAUGGAUACGAUAACGAAGGAAAUCCAGAAGCAGCAUCCGUGGACUCUACUCUUUGCCGAUGAUGUCAUGCUCGCGUCGGAGUCUCGAGGUGAUCUUCAGAAACAAGUACAGUCUUGA